AUGAAACUGCCCAAGGGGGCCAGGAACUCUGUGUUCAAUGGGCAGGGCCCAGAGGAGAAAGUUCAGGUGCCCUCAUGGCAGGAGGUAAAGCAGACCCCUGUGAUCAUGGCAAUGAUCAAAGGUCCGGGCCCAGCCAAGUACCUCCGGCCAUCUUGCACUGGCUACUUCCACCAUGACAUCUCCAUGUUCCAGGAGCCAGCCUAUACUCUGCACACCAGACACUCGGAGAAGCGGGUCAUGGACAUUUGCAGCCCUGGGCCUUGCUAUUUCUUGGAUCCCAAAAUAACCCGGUUUGGAAUGUCCAGCUGCCCGCAGGUUCCCAUGGAGGAACGCAUCUCUAACCUGCGCCUGAGGCCCAACCCAGCCCCCUGCCAUUACUACUUGGAGAAGACCCACCCACCUGGGGAACGCAGGGCUCCCCAGUAUGCUUUUGGCUACCAGUGCCCAUACAGAGUGAUGGACCCCAAUCCAGCCCCCAACCAGUACCAGCUGCCACUCUUUCUGGGGCCCAGCAACCCUGUCAGUCGAGCAGCUCCUUGCUAUAGUUUCGCCUCGGGGCACAAGAACUGGUUCUACAAGGAGAACGUGGCAGGAGGCCCUGGGCCGGCUGUGCAUGCCCGGCCUGAGCCCUCCGUUUACCAGAACUGCAGCCCCGUCUACAACAUGGCCAAGCGAUUCGCCUACCCGAUGGACCACACACCUCGGCCUGGCCCAGGCUCGCACGACGUCCAGCAGGUCACGGUGCACAAGCCCCGCACACCUGCUUUCACCAUGGGCAUCAAGCACUCACCCCACCUGUGCCCGCUGGUCAUCGACAUUCACGACUAA